ACAACCACCCUCCCGCCAACUACCACCCUCCCCCCGGCCAGUACCCCUCACGUGCACCCGACCACUGGCAACCCCGUCGUCGUAACCACAACCGGCCUGGCGUCCUCAACUAUCAUCCCUCCUUCAGCCUGCAGGCACGAUUACCACAUGACCGCGAACAGCAUAGACGUGAUGAGCUCGCCCGGGUACCCGCUUAAGUACCAACCGAACGACGACUGCUGGUUCGUCCUGACGACGGAACCCGGCUACGGCGUGCAGAUGAACAUGCUCAACUUUGACCUGCAGGACCGACUUCCGCCGGCCAGCAGCGGCGUUUCCGGUGUCUGUGCCGAUUACGUCGUCAUACACGCGCCGCUGGGAGGUCAGCCGUACCCGCCGCGCUGUGGCACGUCCAUCCCGGCGGGGUCUAAGAUCUCCGCCCCCGCCAACACCACCCUGGCGCUACGGUUCGUGACGGACGCCACGGACGAGCGGAGCGGCUUCAGCGCCGUGAUCCAGAGCCUGCCAGAGGACCUGCUCGCCACCACGCUCACCUUCGCCGACUGAUGAGGCCAGACUUUUCUUUUUGGGGUAAAUUAAAAGCCAGACAAACCAGUACAA